UGCGUCACGACGCUGCGCAAUCAAGCACGGAAAUAACUAACAGCUGUUCUACAAUAUUCGUUCGGGCAACUCAGGUAGCAGCUGUAUUCGGACGAACACUCAGCCGUUUUCCUUGGAACUACGAUUGUUUGGACAUUGGAUAGUGGCUUUCUCAUUGUUUAAUCUUUCGCCGUGCAGCACGAACGGUUCCAUUUUUCGGUUUAUUACUGUCAGCGUGUGCUUUUAGUAUUGGAUUCGAAAGUGUGUGAAUCAUUACAAUUCGUGCGUUUCUUGGCGAUAUGUUUACCGAAAUUCGUUCAUUGUUGUUGUGACUCAAAUCAAGUUGAAAUGCCUCGUGAAUACGUGGACCGCGAGGAGAGUUCUACAGUGUUAUGUCAAUAGAAUCUCUGGUAGAUAGUAAUUUUAAUUUUUAUAACCGUAAAAGUAAUUUUAAAAAUGUCUAGCACAGUACCAAACAGUUCUGCCUUAAGAGCUCUAGCUUUAGAAUACAAAAGCCUGCAGGAAGAACCAGUGGAAGGCUUUAGAGUGAAAUUGUUAGGAGAGGACAAUUUAUUUGAAUGGGAAGUUGCAAUUUUUGGCCCACCCGAUACAUUAUAUCAAGGCGGAUAUUUCAAGGCACAUAUGAAGUUCCCACCAGACUACCCUUACUCUCCACCUUCUAUUAGAUUUCUUACAAAAGUGUGGCAUCCAAAUGUAUAUGAGAACGGUGACCUGUGCAUAUCGAUCCUGCAUCCCCCGGUAGACGACCCGCAGUCGGGCGAGCUGCCUUGCGAGCGCUGGAAUCCGACGCAGUCUGUGCGCACAGUGCUGCUUUCAGUUAUAUCUCUACUCAACGAGCCCAACACCUUCAGCCCGGCGAAUGUAGACGCCAGUGUCAUGUACCGCCGCUGGCGUGAAUCCAAAGGCAAGGAUAAGGAGUACGAAAAUAUCAUAAGAAAACAAGCCCAGGUAGCGCGCGUCGAAGCGGAAAAAGAGGGUAUAGUUGUACCUCUCACGUUAGAAGAUUACUGUAUCAAAACGCAAGUCAAAUCUACGACGCAGGAGCCUCAGUUGGACAUGACAGAUUUCUACGAUGAUGACUACGAUGAUCUCGAUACUGACUCGGAUGAAGAGAUCGAGGGCGGCGAGGGGGAUGGCGAUGAUAGCGGGAAUGGGGAGUCGUGAGAUCGCGCCCCGCCUGCGCCGCCGCCGCCCUCUCCGCCGCCCCCAUCCCCGCCCGCACCCCCACCACCGGCACGCCGCGCACGGACCACCAGGACCAGUAAGGCUAGGACCAGCAAGACUAGGACCAGUAAGACCAGGACCACAAAGUCGCGACACAAGCCGUACACUACCUCUAAACGAUCGUGAAAUCUCGAACAUUGAUUAUCUGUGGGCGAACGUCACUGUCAGUUUGACAUUAGACAUUUGAAACUUUAUUAUCUGUAGGACAUUGUGAAUAUCAGUAGUGAAGUAGUAUCCGAACGCUUUGCUACAAAGAUUUAAAUGUGUAGACAGGCCUCUAUAUGCGGAAUGAACCUAAAUUGUUGAAGAAACGUAAGCUUAUAGUUUUGUUUUGUAUAAAAUUUAGACACACGCAGUCACAUUUAUGCCUUUAUAGAUAAUUUCUGGACCACUUUUGGACAUUUUGAUUACUGCUUACGUUAAGUUUAUGAACAACAUAUUUUUACAUAGUUUCUUUGCGUUUUGGGCCGUUAUAGUUUUAAUUUGGAUGAUGUUAAAAGAUUAUCAUUUUGUUUUGGUAAAAACAUAAUAUGUACCACUAAAUGUUGCCACUUUUUAAUGGAAAAGAAAAAAAAGUUUUAUAUGUACGAUCAUAUUGCCUUGUUGACCGACUUCCCAAAAGAAGGAGGUACUCAAUUCCUCUGUAUGUUUUUUUUUACAUUUUCAUACUUUUCAUUACGAUCAUAAUCUUUGAUAUUACACGAGUUAUUUAAAUAUUAUCUGUUGUUUGUAAAUUAACUUACCUAUUUUAUUAAUAGGCCUCUCUGUGUGUUUAUAAUCUUUGUUUCGUUAUUUUGCGAUUGAUGUUUGAAUAUUGAUCACAUCAAAAGCCGCGAUAUAGUCUUAAUGCGAAUUGACUAAUAAUCGCAUAUUAAAUGACUUGUAAAAGAAAAUCUUUAUAAAGGCUUAUCUUUUAGCUUAUUUCUCUAUGACUUGUGUAUGAACAAUAAAUCAAUGUAAAAAUUAUUUCUCUUUAGUACUUAUAAAUGUAAAUGAUUCCAGAAACUUCUAAUCCAUUUUAAAUGUUCAGGCGUUAUUUAGUCAUGAAUACGGAUCUCAUUUUAUGUAAAAAUAAAUAUUUUUACUAAUAUAAAUAGCUUUCAAAUGAACGAAUCUAAAAAGCAAAGAAUAAAUAAACAAGCAAAAUGAAAUUACAUACAAACAUUAUUUACUAUCAAAUUUGUUCAAAGUGAAAAUACGUUUCACUUCUUUCGAGGUUAUUAAAUAAUUCAGGCUGUCAUAUUGAUAAAAACCUUGGAAGUAUAAAUGUAUUGAGAUUCAAAAUUAAUUAAAUAUUAUGACUAUGAAUAAAUCAAUGUUCGUAUCAAAUAUAAAAAAAACACUGCCAUUAUCUUAUUAAAUAUCCAUAGAAAAAAUUGAAAAAUUAAACUUGGGUACAGAUAAAAUUAAGGACUAUCGUAAUGUGAAAUAUAUAUUCUAAACAUCUUUAAUGUAGAUUAUAUUAUCUACAUUUUUAAGAACAAAUUUUGGCUCUAAUACAAAAUGAUUUCUCUAGCUCAAUCCUAAAAUGUAUUAAUUUAGACAUAGUUAAUAACUAAAGAAUUUAAUGUGAGAGAAAAUUAUUUGGCAUGCUAUAUGUCUAUAAAAAAUAAAUUUAAAAAUAUAAAUUUACUUGACUAACGCUUUAGAAUAAACAUUAUUGUCAUUAAUUAAUUUAAGUAACGAUUUUCCAUAAUAUGUGCCGAAUACAGGAAAACCAUGACAAUGGAAGAAACAAUAUAUAUUAGUUGCUUUGGUUAAUUUUGUAAGUCAUUAAUUAAAAAUCGUUUUAACAUCAUAAAAAAUGUUUUAUCAAUAAUACGUUAGCAAGAUCUAUAUCGAACUUUAAAAUUAAAUUUCUAUGUUAAUUCAGCCAAAUGGAAUGUGACGUCACUUAAAACCGCUUUUUACACUGCUGUGACCGUUAAAUGAAUUUUUAAAUUAAAACCGUUAAUUAACUAUUAUUUUAUUUAUAAUUACCUGUUAAAUUAUACCUAAACGUGUGUGGCUUUAUAGCUUGACCAGGGAAAUAACCCUGUAAUGGGGAUGAGAGUUUUACAUUACGUUAAAAUAUGUGAAAAAAUCGGUACUAUAUUUUUUCUCAAUAUAUGUUUUAUAUUUCUAGCCAAGCUAAUGUACUUGAACUAUAAUUUAUAUCCUUAAAUUUUGGUCAUAAUUCAUGGGUUAGUAAGAAAAUUUUCCUCAACAAGAAGUCUUGGACUCAUUUACAUUUUGUAACCUUAAUUAAAAUAAAUAUUGAAAAUAUUGUCUUAGGUCCGUGUGUUAGUCUCAUAGUCGUCUAAGAGCAUGUUUCACAAUGUCCAAGGUUUACUAAUUAAUAGUUGCGUUUAACUUAUUUGGAACUUAUGAAAUGCCGACUAAAAAAUAAGUUCUAAUUCAGGACUUUAUUUGGACAUUGUGGAACAGACUUGUUUUAUUUAUUAGCAGUGAUUGGAUUGUUUCGUUACUUUGUUCCUUAAUAAACAUCAAAACUAGGCAAUAUUAUGUUAUUUAUUGCAUGAUAUUGUCUAUUAAACAAUUUUUAUCACUGUAUGAAUUUUACAUCAAGCAUAUGUACAGAUAAAAAGCAUUUUUACUCUGUAGUAAAUAAAAUAUCUCAUUUUAGUGUCUUACCAGAUGUCAUACAUUUAAUUAGUUUAAAUUGUAAUUUUGCUUUUUUUUGUUUAUUUUGCAUGUAGAAUUUUUAUUUGGCACACAUCACAACAGUGUUAGGGCAAAAUGUACAUAAUUUCGUCGAGUUCAUUGUAAACAUAUGAAAUUUGUAAUGUACAGAGAUUUUAUUUGUAAUUUUAACAAGCUUUGAAGUAGGAUUGAUACGAUAACAUAAUAAAGGAAACAAUAAAGACAAAAAAAUACAUUUAAAGAGUACAUCAUAUAUUAGUAUAUGUAAUCAAAAUUUUACAUAUAUUCUCAUUUUUAUCAUGUGCACUAGAUAAAGUUUGUGUAGGUAAUUGUAUCUCAAAGAUUUAAAUAUCCCUUUACAAACAAGUGGCGUUUUCAAACUAAUGUUGUCUCAUUCCUUCACAUUGGUUGUUACUUUGUUUUAUCUCUAUCUCUUUCUACCAAUAACAGAACUAUGUGUAACUCUCCUGCGUCCCUUUUUCUAGAUUAAAGGUAGGCAGCAUUAGCAAAUGCGGAUGUCUAUGAGCAGCGGUCGCUUGUUUGUUUGUCACUUUAUACUAUAAAAAACUUAAAAAAAAUUAUUGGUCAUAACAUAUAAAAACAUUAGUUUUUCAUACAAAUGUUUUAGCAGUAUAUUGUAAGAAAUCUCUCUACCACCAUAAUAGAAUCCAAUUAACUGUUUAUAUUAAUUGAAAAUCUUAUUUUUAUAGGAACGCGCUUUUUAAUGUUUAUGUAAACAAAAUUAUUGGUAAAGAUGAAUUUCAAAGUUUUUACGCAACAUAAUUUUUAAUGAUAUUGUUUUAUUUGAUAAUGAAUUGAAUACCGUAAUCAAUGUAAGGGUUUGUAUUAUUCUAUUUAAAUCUUUGCUGUAUUUUUACAGAUAAGGGCUUAGACUUAUUGGAUUUUAAAAAUAAUAUCUGCUAUAUUUUUCAUGUAAUAUUUAUAGUGUUUUCAACAUCUAUUUUAUUAGAGCAACAUAAUAGAAAUCAAGCCAUUAGAUUAUUAGAAGUUAAGUUAACCUCAAACUGUACUGAGUUAAAUGUAGUGUGAAGCAUUGAUAUAUUAAUGACCAUAUAAGUCGCUUACCAUUCGAAAAUACUGUUUUACUAAUGGUGUCCUAAAUAUUGUUUGAUGCAGAAUUUAAAAUGUCGUCCGAAACGUAUCAUUUAGUGUAGAUUUAAGUUAUAAUAAGCGGUUUGGAAAUUUACUGUAGGUAAUACACGAAGAGGACGUUAUGUAAAAUAUUCGAUAAUAAAGCAUGUGUUUGGAUGCUGUAUA